AUGGACGCCCGCCUGGUCUUCCCUCUCCUCCUCGUCGCCGCCGCGGCGCCGCUGGCCUCCGCGCAGCUCGCCUCCGGGUUCUACAAGACAUCGUGCCCAGACGCCGAGAAGAUCAUCUUCGGCGUCGUCGAGAAGCGGUUCAAGGAGGACCCCGGCACCGCCGCCAGCCUCCUCCGCCUCGUCUUCCACGACUGCUUCGCAAACGGCUGCGACGCGUCCAUCUUGAUCGACCCGCUGUCGAACCAGGCCGCGGAGAAGGAAGCGGGCCCGAACAUCUCGGUGAAAGGGUACGACAUCAUCGAUGAUAUCAAGACGGAGCUGGAGAAGCAGUGCCCGAACGUGGUGUCGUGUGCGGACAUCCUCGCGGUCAGCGCCCGCGACGCGGUGCGGCUGACCGGCGGACCCGCCUACGAGGUCACCACGGGCCGGCGCGACUCGCUCGUGUCCAACCGCGAGGACGCCGACAACCUGCCGGGCCCCGACAUCGCGGUGCCCAAGCUCAUAGACGACUUCUCCAAAAAGGGCUUCAGCACCGAGGAGAUGGUCGCGCUCCUCGCCGGAGGCCACACCAUCGGCAACUGCAAGUGCUUCUUCAUCGAGGCCGACGCCGCACCCAUCGACCCGGAGUACAAGAAGAACAUCAGCGCGGCUUGCGACGGCGCGAACCGGGACAAAGGCGCCGUGCCCAUGGACCAAAUCACGCCCAACGUCUUCGACGGCAAUUACUUCGGCCUCGUGCUGGCCAAGAAGAUGCCGCUCACCAUCGACCGGCUGAUGGGGUUGGACCCGAGGACGGAGCCCAUAAUCAAGGCCAUGGCGGCCAAGCCCGAGGACUUCAUCCCCAAGUUCGCCAAGUCCAUGGAGAAGAUCAGCGUCCUCCAAGUUCUCACGGGGAAGGACGGCGAGAUCAGGCGAUCGUGCAGCGAGUUCAACAACCCGCAGCCCACCAACGACGGCCCGUCUGUGAUACGGAUCAGCUCGCUACAACCCGACCAGAUGCAGGGGGUGUCGCAACCAGGGGCGAAGGGUGUCGCGGAGGCCAGAAAGGUGGGCGGGCGAGCGGAUAUCAGAAAGAUAAACGGUGGCGAGGGGGGCAACAAAGCGACUGCCGGCGAGGGGCUCAGGAAGGAGGCGAGCGGCGAGGCGGCCAGCCAGGUGGCCGGCCGCGAGGAGAUAAAACAGGUCGCCAGCAACGAAGCGGUCAACAAGGAGCCGGGUGGCGCCGAGAUCGGUAAGGCCACUGGCAAUGAGGCGGCCACCAAUGUUAUGGGCGGAAUGGACGUCAACAAGGUCACAGAAAACCAAGCGACCAACGUGGUGGGUAGUGAGGCCGGCAGCAAGGUGGCCGGCGGCGUGGAGAACAGUAAGGUCGUGGAUAACCAGGCAGCCAGCAAGGUGUCAAGCGGCGAGGAGGUCAAGAAAGUCGCAGGCAACGAAGCGGCCAACAAGGUCACGAGCAAUGUGGAUAUCAGCAAGGUCGCCGGCAACGAGGAGAGCACGAAGGUGAUCGGAGGUGAGGAGGCCAGCAAGGGGCCUGGUAGCGAGGAAAUCAAGAAGGCCGUUGGCAGCCAACCACCCGGCCAGGUGAUAAGCAACGCAGAGAUCAACAAGGCCGUGGGCACCGAGGCGAUCAGCAACAAGGCCACCGGUGGAAUCGAGGCCAAUGCCAAUAGUGUCUUAGGCGACGAACCGGCCAGCAAGUUGCCGGGCGGCGUAGCGACUGUCAAUGCGUUAGGCGAGAAGAAUAUCGAGAAGAGGCACUCCCCGAAACUCCGCGGCCGACACGAGGCGGCCAACGGGGCGCCCGGCUCCGAGGAUGCUGCCAACGCGGCAGGCGACGAAGAGAUCAGGAAGAGGAACUCAGCAAAACUCCGCGGCGGCCAGGAGGCGGCCAACGUGGCGCCCGGCGCCGAGGAGGCUGCCAAAGCGGCAGCCGAUGAGGAGAUCAGGAAGAGGAACUCAGCGAAACUCCGCGGCGGCCAGGAGGCGGCCAACGUGGCGCCCGGCGUUGAGGAGCCUGCCAAAGCGGCAGCCGACGAGGAGAUCAAGAAGAGGAGCUCGCUCCGUGGCGGACAGCAGUAGAUGCAGCAGCCGCUCGACCACCUGCCAGUUUGGCAGUGCCGUGCGCGCGCUGCAGUGGCCAGGCAGGCAUGUACGCUCCCAUCAGCAUUUCAUCCUAAUUCUCUCUCUCUCUCUCUCUCUCUCUCUCUCUCUCUCUCUCUCUCUCUCUCUCUCUCUCUCUCUGGUAGAAGGGACGAAGAACGUACGUACUACAGUCUACAGCUGAUUACUAGAUCUAAUUACGCAACCGUUGUGUCGAAUUUUUAACAGCGACAAGAAGUCUUGAUCCUUUUUUUUUUGUCUUUUCUUGUUCUCGAGACACGUUGUAUGUUCU